CCAAAACCCGCAGGCAGGCCACAUCCAGAACGGGAACGUAAGAUCUCCCCGCUACUUUCUCCGGCCGCGGUGGAUAGCAGAGACAACACUGAGGCGAUCUCUCUCCUCUCCUUUACAAUAUUUUUUUUCAAGUUUAUUUUAAUUCUUUUUCACUGAAAUCUUUUUAUUUUCUUUACGUUCUCCGGGAUCCUACCGUUUCCUCCAUUUCAUCCAAAGCAUUUCCAUGAUUUUUAUGAUGCCCAUUUUUAUAAAUAAUAUAAUAUAAAAAUAAUGUUUUCCACCGUUGCUGUGAAUUCGUUGUUCCUCUCAGAACUGAAAAAUUUGUAGUUGUUGCUUAUUUUAUUUUGGAAGCCCUAUUAACAUUUUCACUAAAAUCCACUCAAUCUAAAAUUAGGGUUUCUGCGCUCAUAAGUAAUUGUGUGAUUUUGAUUUGGAGAAAUGUUUGAAGCAAGGAAUGCGUAACGCAUUGUUUAGAAUAUUUCUUUUGUUUCCUUUUUACUUACCAUUUUUCUUUUCUUCUUUUCUUUUUUUUUUUAAAAAAAAUUCACUUUCUCGAUUGAUGCCUCUAAUGCAUGUUUCGGUUUGUUCUCAACCUUUUGAUUUCAACGCCAUCAAUGUCCGUUAAAUCACCGCACGAUUGCACUCUAAGUGCUCUGUUCUCCGCAGGUUCAAGUCGAUAUCAUUUAUGUAGCAGAGUUACCUUUGCGCGUCAAUUUCAUUUUGUCGGAGGAGUUCGACAGACGAGAUGAGAUAGAAGUCGGGGACCCAACUCUACGAAUUGAAAGUCAGUAUUCUUCAGUAUAAUCCGCUUUGGUGAUGCAAUAUAGCUGUUGCUUGGAUUGCUAGAGUCCCAAAUGCGAUAUGGAGAAAACUAUUAAGGUGGAAACGGUCGAGAGCUACAGUCAGAAAUUAGAAGAUGAUCUAAAGAAAAUGGGGCUGAAAAUCAAACAUCAUGAAGACAACCUUAAGUUUCUCAAAUCUCAGAUAAACAGCAUUGAAGAGUCGGUUAUUGAUAUGCAAGUUAAUCUUGGACAAUAUUAUUCGUCAAGCACAACCGGUAAAAGCAGCAACACUUCUGCCACAGAGACUGAACAACAGACAAUUCAAAAUAUACUCAGACAGGAGAAAACAGCAGCUGGAAUAGUAUGCCAGAUGAAAGUUCGCCAUGGAUUGCAAAAAUCUCAAGUAACGAAGGAUGUGCUCGGUGUCGUAGCAAUCCUUGGAAAAGUGCAUGAUGAUAACCUUAGCAGGCUAUUCUCAGAAUAUUUAGGAUUGGAAACUGUGCUGGCUAUUGUUUGCAAGACAUAUGAAGGUGUUAAGGCUCUUGAAAAGUAUGACAAGGAGGGCAUGAUUGACACAAAUGCUGGUCUGUAUGGACUUGGGCCACCUAUUGGAAGGCUCUUGAAUGGAAGGUUUCUUGUGCUUUGUCUUGAAAAAUUGAGACCGUUUACUGGUGAGUUUAUGCCUGAUGACCCACAACGGAAGCUUUGUUUGCUGAAUCCAAGAUUACCUGAUGGGAAACCUCCACCUGGCUUUGUGGGAUUUGCUGUAAACAUGAUUCAUCUGGAUAAUAUACAUUUGUCUUGUGUCACAAGAAGUGGGCAUGGCCUUAGGGAGACUUUGUUUUACAGCUUAUUUUCUCAUGCGCAAGUGUAUAAAACAAGAACUGAUAUGCAUCAUGCGAUUCCUUGUAUAAGCGAUGGUGCCAUUUCUUUAGACGGGGGAAUACUAAGAAAAAAUGGUUUACAUUACCUUGGCAGCAGGAAACAUGUUGAGGUAAAAUUUCCAUUAACCCACGGCAUCUCAAAUAUUCCUGCAAAUAUUGUCGAAAUUGAGGAACAAAUGAAGCUUUGGAACUGGCGAGAGGAAAGGCUUCUUGAAGAUAUGAAAAGAGAAGAAGCAUUACUAAACCAUGCAAAGAACUUGUUCCGCCUUCAAAGCCAAGAACUAAUGGACUACCUUUCUCAGUCAGCAUUGAGACAGGAAUGCGCAUGUUCAGUAAAUAGGAAGCAAUGACUCAUUCAGAUUUGGGGCUACACCUCUAUAUUGGCUUGAGUUUCCAAAGCUUCUGACGUUCUCGCCUGCGCCAGAAGAACUUUAUGCCUUACACUAUUCAAUAGGCUGGAAGGGAGUCUACAUGCCCCAUUUUGACGAGUUGUUUUCGCCUUUAUUCAUGGUCUUUUAUCUUGUCGCAGUUGCUAUUGUUUUCUUUUUACUUUUCCUUUCUUAGAGGGCGGAUGGUUUUUGAGGGAAGCAGACAUCAGGUGUGACAAAGGGGUAUGAAAUUAAGGAGAAUGGAGUCAUACAGCUACAAUAUAGACCGGAAAAUUGGUUUGUUGAUCGACAUAAAUCGACCUACCAAUAUUGGAAUUACUUCUUUCGCGACCAUCUUAACUGGAAAAGUUACGAAAUCAUUGGACAGAAUGAUUGUCAGUAUCAGUUGUUGCGAAUGCAGGCUAAUUUUUUGACAUCUUUGUUGCUAUAGCAGUCAAGACUUUGGGUGGCUAAAUUUUUCCCUUCUGGGAAUUAUGCUAAAUUUUACCGUGGUAAAAUUUAUUUUUGUAUCUUCUAGUAAU